AAAAAUAAAAGGCUUUUAAAAAAGGUUAUUAAAAACAAAAGUAAAAAAAAUUGUAUAAGCUUAGUAAUUUAGUAAUUUAUCAUAUUUUUUCUUGAAAGUGAUUCUAAAAUGCAUGCAGAUACUUCAUUCUCCUGUGACAACAGGUUAUAUACAGCUAAUAUAGAAACUACUAAAGAAAAUAUGGAUGAUUCAACUGAAGCUUACAUAGAAAAUACAAUAAAAAAUAUUGAUGAUUCAAAUGAUAUAAUUUUGCAAAAUAAUAUGAAAAUAGAUAAUCAAAUAACAGAUGUAUAUUUAACUAAAUCGCAAUUGUGUUGGUGUCCGACAGGUAAAUCUAAAUCUUAUGUAAAUAUUUCACACAUUAUUCAAGUACAUUAUGAUCAACAAAAAAGUGAUAACGAUGAAAUUGAAUUAUAUCCAAGUCAGCAAUUUACUGUGCAUUAUGUUAUAAAGUUAAAACAACAUAAACUGAAAAAUUGUUCAUUGACAUUUAAUACUUCUGAUACUAAAACUUGUGAACGGUGGUUAAAAAUAUUGAAAGAUAAAGUUAAAGAGUUUUCACAUCCUAAAAAACUAUUAGUUUUUAUCAACCCUGUUGGUGGACGAAGACAAGCUCAAAGAAUAUAUAAAGAAAAAGUGGCUCCAUUGUUUGAUUUAGCUAAAAUUGUUCAGACAAUAAUAGUUACUGAGCGUCAAGACCAUGCAAAAGAUUUUCUUAACACUGAAGAUUUAACAAGCUAUGAUGGUGUUGUUUCUGUGGGUGGAGAUGGAAUGUUUAGUGAAGUAAUGAAUGGUGUUUUAAAACACAAUUGUGGUCAUCAUACUGUCAAGUUAGGAGCCAAUGCAAAGCCUAUUCGCUUAGGAAUAAUUCCUGCUGGAUCAACUGAUACUGUGGUUUAUUGCACAACUGGCACUAAUGAUCCCACAACAUCUGCACUUCAUAUUCUUCUAGGUUCUUCAGUUUCACUUGAUGUUUGCUCUGUCUCAAGUGUUGAUAGAUUUAUUAAAUAUUCGAUAUCAUUAAUGGGAUAUGGCUAUUUCGGUGAUAUUAUUAAAGACAGUGAUAAAUUAAGGUGGUUUGGUCCUAAUCGCUAUGAUAUUGCUGGCUUUAAAAGAUUCAUGAAAAAUAAAUCAUAUAAUGGCGAAGUCAGUUUUAUUCAAAAGUUAGAUCACACUAAAAAGUUGAAGUGCACAGCUGGAUGUGAACAGUGUUCAACCAUUUAUGAAGAAGAAUUGGAAUCCAAAGAAGCAUUUUGGCAAACAGUAAGUGGAAAGUUUAUUAGUGUUAUUGGAGCGAAUAUAUCAUGUCGGUGUUCUCGUUCAUCAACAGGAAUAUCACCUCAUGCUCAUCUGGGUGAUGGCUAUAUUGAUUUGAUACUUGUCCGCAAAACAACUCGUGCUAAGUAUCUGCAUCAUCUAGUUAAAGUUGCUGACAAAUCUUUAGAUAAUCCAAAAAGAGCGAAACUUGUAAAGAAAUAGCAUUUGCGGGUGUUAAAUCAAAAAAAUUUGUUAUCGAUUGGUUUAAGGCCAUAAAAGAUAAGGCCAUAAAGAUAAGUGUCUUAUAUUUUUUUUAUAUAUUUUAUAUAUAUUUUUUAUAUAUUUUUAUUUUUUGAUAUUAUUGACUUCUACCCUUCAAUUAGUGAAUUUUUAUGGAGUAACACCAAACACUAAAUAAAGAGAAUAUAUCAUUAAUUAUUCAUGUAAGAAAGUCUUUGCUAUUCAAUAAUGAUCAGGUUUUGAUAAAACAAUCAAGUGGUUUUUCUGAUGUUUUUAUGGGAGCGUUCGACAGCGCAGAGGUUUGUGAGCUGGUUGAAAUAUUUCUUCUUUUUAAAAUUUCAAAAUUUUAUAACAAGUUUGAUGUUGGUUUAUACCAUGGUGAUGGGUUGGCAGUUUUUAGUAAUAAGAGUGGCCCUCAAAUGGAAAAAAUAAAAAAACAUAUUGUCAAAAUAUUUAAAUGCAGUUAUGGAUUUCUAUACAAUGCAACAUAAAAAUUGUCAACUACCUUGACGUUACUCUAAAUCUUAGUGACUGCACUUUUAAACCUUAUUUCAAACCCGAUAAUCAUUAAACUAUAUCUAUGCUGAUUUAAAUCAACCGCCAAGUAUACUAAAACAAAUACCACACUUGCUUGAACUUAGAUUGUCUACAAAUUCUUCUAUCAAAGAAAUAUUUCAACAUACUAUUCCUCAAUAUAAUGAAGCGCUAUUAAAAUCUUUAUUUUUUUGUUUUAACAUCUUUGCUUCCAACAACGCUGCAAGAAACCACUAAUUAGUGUUGGAAGUUACUGAAAGAGAAAAGAUGAAGAUUGUAGAGCAAGAUAACGCUUGACAGACGACUUAAAAGAUUGCAAAUUAUAUGAAUCAGGAAAGCAAUCUGGUUAUAAAUGUAGUCUAACAUAUAAUCCUAAAGUAAUAUCAACUCAAAAACGGAACAGAGUAUGCAACAUCAUUUGCUUUAACCCUCCAUUUAGAAAAAGCGUUAGCACCAAUGUGGGAAAAUAUUUUUUGAAAUUAAUUGAUAAACAUUUUCCAAAUAAUAACUGCCUCAAAUUUUCAAAAGGAACACAGUUAAAGUUAGCUACAGUUGUCAAGUGUAAAAUCAAUUAUAAAUUUGCAAAACAAAUACAUUUUAUGCAUCAAUACAAACCCUAAUCAAGAAAAUUGUAACUGGUUUAAUAAAAAUCUCUGCCCAUUGUUCAAUAAAUGUUUAACAAGCAAAAUUAUAUAUCAAUCAACAUUAUAUAUCAAGCAACUGUAACCACUAUUAAUCAUGAUUCAUCUCCUAAUGAAAAAUCCUACAUUGGUAUAAGUGAGACUCCUUUUAAAUUAAGAUUCGUCAAUCACAUUAAAUCUUUUGACAUCUCUAAAUACAAAAAUGAUACUGAGCUCUCAAAGCAGGUAUGGAAGUUAAAAGAAGCUGGUUUAGUUCCUAUAGUUAAGUGGAAAAUUCUCAGGCGAUGUAAAGCGUAUAAUUCAACAUCCAAAUCUUGUAAAUUAUGUCUCACCAAAAAGUAUGAAAUCCUGAAUUAUAAAAAUACUAAUUUUUUUUUUUUUUUUUUUUUUUUU